AUGUCUUUGCCUCGCACACCUCCUCGCAGGUCGCGGAGCCCUAGUCCCAGUGAUCAAUCACAAAGAGGAAAGCGACACAAAUCCAGUCGGCGACGCAGAUCUAGUCCUUCCACAGUUGAAGACCGACCACAAUCCGCGAGUAGCUCUGCUACGAGUAUCGGUCAGUUCUACGGCCUCGGGGACGAAAAUGCACUCGAUAACCUGUUCGCCUCUUUCCCGCAAACACUUUCAAGUCUCCCACACCCCCAUGGUUCACAGGGCCGCCAUGAGCCUGCAUGGGGCCUUCGAUCUGACUAUGAGAUAUAUCUUCAAAAUGACUUCUUCCGUGGAAAAAGAUGGAGCCAGCGAGUCAGAGCGCUUAUACCAGGCCCAGAAUUUGAUCCAUUCGCCUCUGAACCUCCCGAAUCACCCCCAUCCGCCCAGCAUCUCCCAACAAGGACAAGAGCCGAGUUCGAGUCCGCAAUGCGCAUAGUACGAGAGGUUACCGGCGAAGGUCGAAGGCUAACUGUAGACCUUGCUCGAUCAUACGAACGUGUACAAGCUUGGCGAGAGAGAUGGGGAUGGUCACCAUUAAGUUUCGAAGCAUAUGACUCUCCUCCACCGUACUCUCCACCUCGUAGGUCACCCACACAACCUCCUCGAAUAUCACCGACGCCCGAAAAUAUUAGUUCCUCGCCUAUGCGACAGUCUCUAUCUCCCGCCCCGGAGCCAAUUCCGAACCCAAUAAUCCCUGGCGACCCAGCGCCCUCGGCCGAAGUUCUUUUUAAAACAACCAACGCAUUUGCAAAGGAGAACGGAUUUGGUAUUAUUCGGCGGAAUAAAUAUUCCUAUAAGGGACGGUUGAUUAGGUACUCCAUUCAAUGCGACCGGUUUGGACAAUCUCGGGCCUCGGGGGGUUCUGGUCUUCGAACCCGAAGGUCUCGGAAGUGUGAUUGCAAAUGGAUGAUAAUUGCUGAAGCCCUAGAGGAAGGCAAGUGGCUUCUUCGACAACAUAGAGACCCGAAACAUCACCAGCAUAACCAUGAACGGAGUAUUACGCCAUCUGCGCAUGUUUCCCACCGCCGCCUUACUACACCAGUUAAAGCAACCAUCGAGUCAGCAAGCCGUCGCGCGGGUAUUCGAGCCAGUGAUGUAGCUGCUAUGGUUGAGGAGCAAUUCCCCGAUACAACACUCCUGCGGAAGGAUAUCUAUAAUGCCCGUUCGUUCAUUAACCGAGAGAAGCUAAAUGGCUAUACACCUACUGCGGCAUUGAUCAAACUCUUUGAUGAGAAGAAGAUCCCAUACAUCGCGAAAUGGGCCGAUGAUGAUCCAGAUAGACUGCUUGGUCUUGUCUGGACCUUUCCGUACUGUCUACAGAUGUGGAAGCGCUUCCCCGAGGUUAUUAGCUUUGAUAACACAUAUAACACUAAUCGCUUCAAGCUUCCUUUAUUCCAGGCUACUGGCCAAACCUGUCUUGGAACUGUGUUCAAUGCUGCAUUUGGCUUAAUAGAUAACGAGAGGAGGGAGGGGUUCCAAUUCCUUGCAGAGAGUGUUCGCAAGCUCAUUACAAAACACUCACUCAGGGAACCAGAUGUCAUCAUCACAGACUUCGACAAGGCUAUGAAAGCUGCCGUUAAUGAUCAGUUUCCAAAUGCACAGCAACAGCUUUGUAUUCAUCAUAUCCUUUCAAACGUUUUGCUUAAAUCGAAGACUAGGUGGACGGGCCAACGUGAGGACAGUACUACUAGCCCUAGCGCUAGUGACAGUGAAGACAUUCCCUCACAGGCGGAUGGCGGGUUGAGCACUACAGAUAAGCAUCUGAUCGAAGAUCGGUCGAGUAGUGAUAAGAUUCCUCAUACUUACCAAGGCGUUGUUUUAAUGUGGAAAAAGGUUCUCUAUGCCGAGACUGAGGAAGCGUUUGAGCAGGCAUGGAGAGAUCUUUGUAAAGAGUUCGACGACCAACGAGCGAUCUUACAAUACCUCUACUCGACUUAUAUGCCUGUUAGUGCUCAAUGGGCACGUUGCUUUAUCCGUCGUUAUCGUAACUUCGGAAUCCGAGUUACGUCCGGCACAGAAGCAAGCAACAAUAAUAUCAAAAGCUAUCUAUUAAAUGGCAUGAGCCACCUCUACCGACUCGUCGAGGCAAUGCAGGAUAUGAUACAUGACCAAGAACGUGCCUUUAAGGAUGCCUGUGGACAGGAUGAUGUCCUGACUGCUCCACAAUACCUAGGUUCGAUGGGAAACUAUCUUGGUGAACUACGAACAACCAUGUCAUCGAAAGGACUUGGGUUAAUCAACAAGCAAUACUGUAUUGCUCGCAAAUUUCUGCCGACGGGGAAGAAUCCCUUCCCCGACUCUAUUGGACUUUGCGACGACGACUGUACGGUCUCUAUUGAGCUGGGAAUCCCAUGCUAUCAUAAAGUCUACGCAAAGCUAGAUUCUGACACACGUUUCACUAAAUGGGAGGUCCACCCACGCUGGCGACUACGGGAAUCGGCAUCUCAAGAUCCAUACCGACGAAUUCUUGACCCGAAAGUUGCCACUGCACUACGUGGAAGGCCAAAGAAUACAGCGCAGGUUAUCCCAGAAAGCCUAGCUAUUACAUCAAGUAGCCGAUCUGAUAAUCAACCAAGUGGGCGACGAGGUCGACCGCCAGGAAGUCUCAAUAAGCCAACUCUUGCUAGGAGAGUGCAUAAAGCUACUCGAGAAACCAUCACACAAACUGGUGGCCAAAUUGGCAUCUCAGCCCAGCAAGGGCCAGGUAGACCUUCUAAAGUCCUAAAUGCUGGGAAUACGACAGGCGUGCGGUACAGUGGACGGAGGACGCAACGAAACAUUCGCAGGACAAGGAGUCAAUGGGAACUGGCUAAGAGUGAUGACGAAGAUCCAGAUUGUAUCGUUGCGGCCGAGAGGAUCCAGACCGACAGUAAUGGCGUUCAGUCGCGAAUCUCUGCCGUUAAAACCUCUCUAGAUGACUUCAUUACCACGUUCGCGAACUGGGCCAAAGGCAGGGAGGGGGAACUCACCGACCUUAUCAAGCAGAUCAAGCAGGACUUGAUUCGCCUUGAGAGGCAGCUGGCAGACAGGCAGACGCAGUUGGAGGCCCUCACGCAUUUUACCCAGGGUCUUGCCCCCAUUACAGCUGCGCUCGCGGCGGCUUUCCCUCCCUACAGCUCGCUCAUUGCGAUUGCCGGUCUGCUUUUUUCUGGCUUGUCUCUUGCCACCACCACUGCCCUCAUAAAGGAGAUUGGCAUGCUCAAACAUGAGGUCGCCCAGAAGACUAAACAGAAAGAGGAGCUUGGUGCGGAACUGGAAGCCAUCAGACAAGCCCGAGAAGAACUAGAGGAGACUGGAACAGCAUCCAUAUCCUUGUUCGGGGACAGCAUUAGCGCCAUGCCUGCGGUUUCCACCGCGGCGGUGGUGGAGGCUAAAAGCAUACUGGGCUGGCUCAAGGCUGGGGCACCGCAGCAAGUAAGUUCUACUAUUGCCGUGAUCUAG